AUGGCUACAUAUAGGCUUGUGCCCAAUUGCACGGUAGACGAUGCCGUCGGUCUGGCAAAUUCCAACAUGACAGCUUUUUACGGCGAGCCUUGGUGGAACAUGAAUUGGGACAAGCCUCUCGAUGCAAUUAUCGAAUCUGCUGCGGCCAGAAUGCCCACCAAUCUCCUGAAGGAGAGAGAUGUACGACGGCAUCAGAAAGUCAUAGACACGGCAACUGGUCAAGUUGUUGGCUAUGCUCGAUGGAUAUUACCGGCGUCGCACGCAGAUUCCUGGCUUGAUGCCCAAGUCCCGGAUGUGAGUGAACAGGAUAAGGCUCGCUUCCAGGCAGCCUACGAGGCAGCCGACUGGGCCAUCCGACCCGAGGUUGAAAACUCGGAUGAUCUCGUUACUGAGCAAUUUCAUAAGCAUGCCCCUAAAGGCCCUUAUAUUAAGCUCGAUUACCUGGGAGUGCAUCCCGACCAUCAUCGCCGAGGAAUCGGCAGCAUGCUUGUCAAGUCAGGUGUAGAACAAGGCAAUCAACUAGGGUUGGAUUUGUAUAUGAUGUCCAUGGGGCAGAAAGCAGUCGAUAUGUAUGCGAAACAUGGUUUCGAGGAGCUGGAUAGCCUGAAACAAGAUAUGGCUCAAUGGGGCCGCGAGGGGAGUUACGAUACUUGGAUCUUGGUAAAGCAUCCCGAGAUCAAGUAA